AAUGGCGUAUCAACAUUGUGAAAGUUAUUUUCUUUAUUUUGGAGAGAAUUACACCUGAGUUAUAAAUAAAUAUUAACGAAAUCGAGAAGAAUGCCUUGGAAUUUCGGAAAUUUGGGUGGCAUGCAAGAUUUCCUGAAGAAGAAAGCAUGUCGUUACCUUUUACAACAUUAUUUAGGCCAGUUUCUGAAGCAGAAACUGUCACUGGAUCAGUUGAGUUUAGAUUUGUAUAAUGGACAAGGGAAAAUCACGGACUUGAAUCUAGAUGUCCAGGCUAUAAAUGAAGAUUUGGGUAGCCUGGCAGUGCCGGUGGAGCUAGUGGAUGGGUUUGUUGAGUGUAUAGCAGUCUCUAUACCCUGGUCAUCACUUAUCAAUGACAACACCUGCCUUGAGGUCACCGGCCUGGAGCUGACCUUACAACCAAAACAGCGGGAAGAUAAUGGUAUGAUGGCAGGUGAUAUGUUAAGCAGCAUGCACUCAAGCAUGACAACGAGCCUUCAGCUGGCGCGGGAAUGUCUCGAGUCUGACUCGGGUACCUCCCAGCAGCCACAACAGCCAAUAGAAGGCGUACAGAAGUUUGCCCUUAUGAUUGACUCAGUAUUGUCUAAAAUUCGAGUGAAGUUGCUAAAUACAGUGAUCCGACUAGAGCAUCAGCCAGGGGGCACUGUGCAGGGUACAGCACUGGAAAUUAGGAUUAAAAGAAUUGAGUAUUUUGAUGACAUGGCAACUACAAGUGAAGGCUCAUCUGUGGACAGUAACACGACACAUGAGCCUGCAGCCAUGGCCCUCAAGAAUCUACAUAUAGAGGGGAUACAGCUGUUUUAUGACGAGACCGGGGAGAGGAAAUCUCCUGCACGCUCUCCCACCAGCUCUGAUGGGUCACCUCCACAAAUGUUCCAGUCAGCCAUGACAAGUCUAGCCUCAGGCGCCAGUGUUUACAAGUCCACAAUCCAGUCACCAAACCAGUCUAACCUGCAUAAAAGCACCCAGUCUGGACUGGGCACCACUCCCCUGUCUGAGCCGGUACAUCUGGCCACUAUCACAGGCAGACAGGAGAUCAAAGUAAAGAUCAAACAGAGGGACAACAUAUCUGGCCCCAAGUUGGAGAUAAUGUGCCAGUUUGGAGGGAUCCAUGUGCUCGUGUGUCCCAGGCAGCUGCAUGGAAUCACACAGCUGCUCUCCGCUCUCAACACUUCAGAUAAUUCCACUGGAUUGAGGCAGGGGGCAUCGAGUCGACCCAUGGAUGUUGUGGACCAGGCGCGGGUAGAAAGGGAGCUCCAAUACCAGCUGCAGUCGGGCAGAGUGACCAGCAACAAUCUCGCCAGUCUACAGGAGUACUCCCUACAUGGUGAAGAUGAUGACCAGUUUCAGUCCAUGAUGGGGCGUUGUCAGGGGCCGGGUAGUGACAUGGACUCUUCCUUCACCAGCAACUACAGCACCAGCAGUGCCAGGACCACCAGCACUGCAUUCUCAGGGACAAGCCAACCAAAGUCUGGUGGAAAAAUUAGUAAAGAUGGGAUGGCAGGAGGGGCAAGAUAUCAUGAGGAUCCAAAUGCUGAUCUCAGCCACUACCAUGUGAGGGUGGGUUUCAUUUCCCUGACCCUUCUUCACACCACCCCGGGCCCGCCCACUGACCAACCUGCCCUCGACGGAAUGAAGGAGGUCGCCACAACAUUCUUCCAGCGGGUUGCCGGGGUAACUGCAGCAGGCAUGUCUGAUCUGAAGGAGAUACGGGAACAAAUGACUGCUCUGCUGCACUUUGAUCAUCUCAGACUGCUGGGUCGCCCGUUAACUGUGGAGUGUACGCAGAAGUCUGCCCUUCGCCAGGUUAGCACGAGCGUGCAUGUGUCACUCGGAGUUGCUGAGGUCGUGGAGACCCUGUAUGGCCCGCGUGACCAGAAGCCUGCGCACCAACACAGUGAGAUCCUGGUGUUCAAGAGGGAUAGUGCGGAAGCAGGGAGGGGCGGCAUGUAUAGCAGCAUGCACAGCGGGGUGCCAUGUGUCAGCCUGAACAUUACCACUCACUCCAGUAACAAGAGGAACUCCCGUGUGGGUAGUCUACCACAGAUGGACGUACGCCUGGAGCUUGGAGAGUUGGAAAUGGAGUUAGAUGUUACCCUCGUGGACCGCAUACAUGGACUGCUGAACCCUGACACUGGCGCAACCCCCAGCCACAUGAAACCUGGCAUGUCAAUGUACCACACUGUUGGGCAACAGUUUUACAGUAUAAGUGAGACCCUGAAUGAAGGGACGUCAAGCACGGACCAGCAUGUCAUUGUGGAGGUUACCAGUCCAUGUGCGGCUGUUAACGUCAGGUUCCCAAUCCCUGACCUUCGCAAGGAGCCGCACGUGAACAAGUCCUGGUAUAAGCGCACGCUGCGAGAUGAUGUACUCACCCUUAAACUAAAGGAUGCCCUUGUACGGACCUCGUAUGUGACGUCACAGGAGCUUGAGGAGAUUCAUGUGUCCUGCGGGGAAGUAGAUGGUUAUUUGAAAUACCAGCCAAAUGAUGAAGGCAUCCAUUUUGCUCACGUGAUGGGGGAGGGGGAGGGGUUUAACAACCCUAUGGUGACGGUCCGCUUCUGUAACACCACGCAUUCCGUGCUGAACGAUGAAAACAUGUACCCAGAUGAUACAACACCUGCAGAUUCCCUGAACGGGGCGUGUGCAUUUGCCAAAGCUGAGCCGUCUGCUUUCUCGUCAAAACGUAACAUGCAUGAUACCACUCCGGGCACUGGGGCCACUUCUGAUCGUACUGAACAGAUGGUGUUACCAUCUGACCGUGAGGAAGUUCAGGAGUUCAUAGAACGGUCCGUGAAUAACACCCGGAUGGAGGUGAAAAUAAAUCUGCCCAAUGCCUGUCUUUUCAUACCAGACAAACACUUCUUCGAGGUCUUGUAUAACAGACUGAACAAUGACAUGUUGCUAUGGGAGCCCAGUGCACCUGCCCCCGUCAUGGUACCACAUGACACAUACUGUACCGCUGGCCGGCUAGACGUGUACAACCAGCUCCUCCAUAUAGAUCACUUUGAGAUGGCAAAGUCUGGCUUACAGAUGGACUCUGAUUCUGACAGCGACUCGGAGAGCAUUAACCACUACAGCAUCCAUGACAGAGGGUUGUCACGGAAACCCAAAUCCCCACGGCAACAACAAAGCAAACUGUGCAUAUCACUCAGCAUUAAGCAGGGGCGCCUCACGGGAUACACAGGGUCACCAGGGUCAGACGGGAAGGCCAGAGAGGGGGUACAUGGGGAAGUGUUGGUGCAGUUGUCAGAUUUCCUGUUGUUCACGGUCUCAGCUCAUAAUGGGGAUCCAGGACUUACGUUUCUCAAUAUACUGGGUAACAGGGUCGACAUCUACCAUAAUGGUAGUGUCUCAGAGUCUGGCAGGGGCCCUGAUCCACCUGUUGUUAACAUCAGUGAGCUAGGAAAACCUGUGCCCGAACAGCUUCAGGCAAACAAGGUGAUCUACCUGUCGGAGCCCGGUGUGCUAGUGAAUACCCGGGAGCCUGUGGGGUCAGGUCAGGGGUCACUGGACAUGCUCAAUGUGGCUCUACGCAUUAAGCUGGAUACACACACUACAAAACAUGACCUCAUCUCUGAUGAGACGGUCAAGGAGUUCCAGGUGUCGGUGGGGUUGCGUGGGGCCACCAUGAGACACAAGAUGCUCCAGCCUUACCAGAGUAUCUUCACACAGUUGUUGCAGUUCCUUGACGUGAAGGAUUACCCAAUACUGGGAUAUGUGGAUCCCAAGGUGCUAACCGAGCUUCAUGUGCAUUUAUGGACCUGUGCAAUAGACUAUAGACCUGAAUAUUUACCAUUGCGAUCUGUGAUACUGGCUGAAUCCUUCUCAAUAUCAAGCAACAUUGUGGCGGAAUCAGCCAUCUCUCUGCUGAGGUUUGUGCUGGAGGAAGGAUCAUUGUUUAUCGGGAGUCAUGUGCGGAAGACUAAUGUAGAUCUUCGGCAUGAUUACGUCUGUGUGGCGGAUAUCAGUCGGCUGGAGAUUUUGCUGCGGUCCAACACAGGAAACAAUCCACAUUUCCCAAAGACUGAUCUCUCAGUGUCGUCUAACCUGGUGAACAUCCGUACGUGUGCAGAUUCCCUGACAGCCAUCAUCAACCUGCUGCAGUAUGUGGCUGGAGACGGUGACCUACAUCCACCACAGGGGGCGGAUUUGGGGACACCAGAUUUACAGCCAGACCCUCCAUCACUGAGUAAAGAGGAAUCGGACGUUGAAGAUAGCGAGCCAUUAACGAGUUCCAGUGUGGACCAUUUACACUGCCUGAUGUCGGAGGCCAUGGCAGAGUCAUCCGACAGUAACCAGUCUUCAGGCCAUGUAUCUCCUGAAGUCUCCCAGAUUGCUCGAAAGAAGACAGAGGUGUUCUUCGUCCCUGCGACUGGUGCCUCUGAGUCUCCGGUAUCGCUCGAUCCAAUAGUGAUUACCCAGAACAUCGAUAGUGUCACCAGCAGCACUAUGUCGGGUCAUGUCAGCGAUGAUGAUGGCAGCGACGACUUCUGUAUGGUCGAGGAUGCUGCAUGGGGAAAAGCUACCAAUGACAGCGAGCCAUUGAUUCGUGUCCUCACAGAGGAGCCAAUAGAAAUUAAGGAUGAAUUCUUCAAGAGACCGGUGGGACGCACAGACUUUCUGAAGUCUCCUGAGACGUUUCCUCUACCGGAGAUUCGCUACACAAUCAAGGAAGUUACCCUGAUCUGGCAUAUCUAUGGGGGGUCAGAUCUUACCCAGACUGAUGGUUCAGAGGACCGUGUGUCUACAAGCAGGGAUAGUAUGACAGUGUCGUACCAGCGCGGGUCGCCGGUGGACCUGUGGUCGGGCCGGGCAGGAGGUCGGGAGGCCCCUCUCAUUCAACGGGAGACCCUGCACACUCGAGGAGGCCCCUCCAGGAAUACAGGCAUGUGUAUGGAGUUCCAGCUUACCAAGGUCCGUUUGCAACAUGAGGUGUACCCCACCCAUACAGAGGCGGCGUCAAGACAGGUGCUCCUGAUUAGCGACCUGGAGAUCAGGGACAAACUCUCCACGUCGCGCAUGAACAAGUUUCUUUACCAGUAUUCCUCCAAUGACAUGCCAAAACAGACAUACGCUAAUAUGGUCCACAUACGAGCUAUACAUACGCGGCCAAACCCUCAACAGACAGAGGAGGAGUGUGCCCUGAAAGUUUCCCUACAGCCUCUCAGGCUUAAUAUUGACCAGGACACACUCUUCUUCCUGAAGAGGUUCUUCACAGAGUUAUCCGGUGGGGAUGCAGGAGGUACCUCCCCUGGCAGUGCCCCACCCCCUGACCAGGAGAUGCCCCGCACCCCUCCUCCUGUAAUCACAGUCAACAAACCUCUUCCUCCUGAGGCCAUCAAAGACCAGCAAGAUCUUCUAAUGCAAUUUGACGAAUUCACUCAAGAUCUUCAGGCAAGUUUACGGGGUAGCCUGUCGUCUAGUGGUCAGUCAGCCAUGAAGUCCAGUGUGUCCAGCUCAGAUACGGUCACUUCUGACACUGUCCACACUUCUCAGCCGGUGUUUUUUAAGUCUUUUGUGUUCUCCCCUGAUGUGCCUAUUAUGCUGGACUACCAGGGAAAAUUUGACAGUGAACAUGGUACCCUAGCUGGUCUAGGAGGGCUCGUAUCACUGAACAAAGCAGAGCUCAAGCUGAAACGCCUCUCAUAUAAACAAGGGUUGCUUGGGUCAGACCGGGUGCUGAUGUACUGUGGGAAUGAAUGGCUGACUGAUAUACGCCUCAACCAGCUACCCACAAUUCUCGGAGGGUUCGGACCUGUGCAUGCAUUUGUACAGCUUGCGUAUGGUGUGAAGGACCUAUUCUGGUUGCCGGUGGAGCAAUACCGGAGGGAUGGGCGGAUUAUGCGGGGGAUCCAACGUGGGGCUUCAUCUUUCUCCAUGUCUACAGCGAUGUCUGUGCUGGAACUCACUAACCGACUUGUGCAGGGCAUACAGUGGUGUGCUGAGCUGACGUUUGACAUGGUGUCCCCCGGCCCCCGACGACGAGGCUAUUACCCCCGCCAACCAGCUGAUCUGAGGGAGGGGGUCUCAAAUGCUUACAUCGUUCUCAGAGAGGGUUUCUCGGAAUCAGCUAGUAACAUGGCCAGUGCAGCACAGCAGGACGAGUCACGAGGGGUUAUGCGGACAGUUGGGCACGUGCUCCGGCAGAUUCCACCAACCAUGGUACAGCCUCUCAUCACCGUUCCGGAGGCUGCGUCAAACGUGAUUGCCGGACUCAAAAGCCAGCUCAAACCGGAUGCCAGGAAGGAAGACGAGGAUAAAUGGAAGGAGGAGAUCAUAGAUUGAGCCAUAAUUACAGACGUUGUUGUGAUAGCAUUAUUACCAUCAUUUAUAGGGUUUAAGCUUAAGAGUUAUGGAAGGGUUCUGCACCCUGCCCUUUUUUGGAAGCACCCUUCUGCCCUGAUUUCAGCAUGGGCACCCUUCUGCCCUUAUUUCAGCAUGGGCACCUUUCAGCCUUCAAAAAAUUAAAUGCUUAAGGGCGUCAAAUAUUUGUUUGUAUUGAUACAAACGUGUACUUUGACUUAAAAUACAUACAAACUUUACUGAUUUGACCGUUGAAACCUAAUACUAUUUUAGCUUAUCAUAAUUCCUGUACUUCUGUUUUUUGAAGCGCAAUCAAAUGAGUCCUUCUCUCCCUUAGUACCCUGUUCAUUUUCUGCAGCACUUUGCUAGUUUUAAAACCUGGCUUAAACACUAAUACUUGUGAUACUGUAGGUGCAAACUUAUAUUAGUGUUGUGUUUUACUAACUAAGACUUACAUAACUACAGUCAGACAGAGCUUAUGUUGCCAUUUCCAGUCUAUUGUCCUCUGAAAAUCACUGCAGAUUUCUUUUCAAACCAGUGCUAAUUAGUUGUCAUAGAGAUGGUAAUAUAUAAAAGUCUUUAUUAGCAAUUACACUUCAUUCAAGUGACAACAUACUUGGUAAGCCUUUAUAAACUAAACAUUAAUUCCCUACAUAUUUCGAUUUUUCCCAAGCAUCGGGUAUCAUUUUAUAUCGGGAGUUGUAGCUGUUGAUAACGGGUGUGUUAAAAUUGAGGGACUACUUUCACUUCAUAUUUCAUUUGUAUUUGUUAUUCAUGCAUCACCUGCCCAGUGGGCAUAUUUGGCUGACAAUUGCCGCAAUUUUGUCAUUUGAUCCCGGUGUGAUUUCUUCUAAAACUUAUAAUGGACUGCUGAAAAAAUGAGCAAAUGACCAUCAAAUUGUCCUGUUUUUUUCUGUAACUCCAUAUCACUAAGCAUGACCUUUAGAUUAUUAAUUUCAUUAUUGCAAUCUGUUUAUGAAAGCCAUAAUCAUAACCACGAGGGAGAAUAAUUCAGUUUAGGAUCUUUAUAUAAAGCCAAGAGUACUUAAAGGGGCUGUACUCCGUAUGAUGAAAUAGCGAAAAAAAGAAGAAGAAAUUGUCGAAAACUGACAUAAACUUGGUAUCAAUGUGUACAAUGCAUUGAAACUUACUGACUGAAGUACCACAUAGUUUACAAUUGAUUUAUUUUUUCGCAGUUUUUUUGUAUUUUCCCAUUAAAAAAGAUUACUAGGUAUGUCUACCUAGUAGAAUUCAUUCCGUAUGCAUGAUUGGCUAGUCAAUGUUAUCGCAUGAUAUUACCAAGUAAGGUAUAUAGCUAAAAUAUUCCAAUCGUUAAGAGUAAGCCUUCGUACCACAGUGGAUACAUCACUGGACUGCAAUUUUGGCGACCCCAGUUUGAACCCGGAACCAUUUUUUUUUUUCACAAUUAUGAUAUCAAAGAGUAAACCAUUUUAUUAAAUAAAUGUCCUGAGAUUUGUUACAGAAUUAUUAUUUUUUUGUGCCAAUCUGGUGUACAGUCCCUUUAAUUGGUUGCUAAAAUGUUCAUCAUUUUUUCAUCUAGAAAAAAAAUGCGGCACAAAUAUUUAAGACAAUUAAUAAGUGAAUGAACUUUUGCUAAUGUGCGUGUAUAAAUUACAGGUCUACUUUCACGGUAUAUUUCAUUUGUGUGUGUCACUCAUUUAUAUCCAACACAGUGCUCAUUAACUGGAUGAUAAUCACCGCCAUUUUGUCAUCUGGGCCCUGUGCGAUUUCUUCUAUACCUUAAAAUGAACUGCUGGAAAAAGACCAAUUGGAUCAUCAAAAUGUCAUGUUUGUUUUUUCUACUCAAAAACCAAAAAGCAUGACCUUUAAUUGUUAAUUUCAUUGCUGCAAUCUGUGCUUGAAAGCCAUUAUCAUGAGGGACAAUAAUUCAUGUUAGGGUUUUUAUAUUAGCCAGGAGUAUGGAAAGGGAUUUUUAUCAGUUGCUAUACAGCUUGUUCCCAGAUCCAUAGCAUUAAAAAUGCUGAUUUUUUUUUUCAUGCAUUGUAAAUACGGUACCAUGAUAUUUUUUUUAUGAUAUUGAUUAAAUACUGUUAAGUAAUUCCUUGGUUGCUAGGAUGGUAAUCAGUUUUCAAACCAGAAAAAAGUUGCACAAACAUUUAAUAAGAUACAUGUAUGAAAUGUAUACAAACAUGUUCAGUCUGUAGUCUGGUUGUUUUACAGGUUGCUUAGACUAUAUAGAAUUUACUUUAAUUGUAAAAAGAUUCUUGCAUAAAAAGAAAUAAGAGCAAGGUCCUUAAAUGUCAGAUUAUCUUUUGUGACUAUCUAUCUGUGACCAGUUCAUAUUUUCAUCAAUUUGUGUUGCACAUUUUUCAAUCAUAACUAUUUUUUUAAGCUGUGUGUCUUGUAUUUAAGCAGAUAUUUUCUGUUGUUCUUUUUUAAAUAGUGUUAAUGUUUUUUUGUUUUUGUUUUUAGGUUGUUAGAUGAGUGAUGCCCAUAAUAUACAUGUAAGAGGCAUUUGAGGCAAAAAUACAUUAUAUAUACAUUAUAUGUAAAUAAACCCAGGUAUAUAACAAUUUGUGUUUUUAAAAUAGCAAAUUAUUUUGGACUUAAUCUGUCAUUAUAUGUGGAUUGUCUGAUUUUGUAGAAAAAAAGUUUGGAUAUUGUUAUUGACUUGGUGUCACCUGUGGCAUUUUGUCGUGCAAAAUUUUAACCUAGGCCAUAACUAUUAAAAAGUUGAAGAUAUUCAUAUGAAACUUGGUACACAUGUAUAUCAAGGCAGGUAACUCUGACUUUAAUAACUGUUGAGUUGUGCACCUUUAUUGUGUGAAAAACAACAGACGAACAUUACUGUUCACUCUGCGAUGCUCUUGUUAGAAUAAUGCUGCAAGUAUCCUGAAAAAGAGGUAAAGUAUUGUAGAAUCUUUAAAAUUGGGAGAGUUUAAUUUCACAAUAUUUUACAAUUUUUCAUGAAUUGAUUAUGAAUCGAUCAUGUAAAAAAUUUAAAACCUAGUCAAGUAUUAAUUUGAAAAUGCCUUUAAAUGAUUAAAUAAUGAUGUCUCAAAUAUUAAAACCCUGCAAAAGUAGUCAAAUGAAAAAUAUCUUGAAAUUCCUGAUAUCCCGUGCCAAAAAAAAGCUCAGCUUUCUAAAAAGCGCAGCUUUAGCUUAGCUAAAGCUAUGCUUUUCAAAAAGCUGCGUUUUUUUAGCUAAGCUAUUUUGAAAAAGCUUAGCAAAAGCUGUGUUUUUAUAGGAAGGUUAGCAAAAGCUGUGCUUUUUAAUAAUAGCUUAGCUAAAGCUAUGUUUUUUUCUCUAAAAAGCUGCGCUUUUUCUUCAAAGCUGUGCUUUUUAAAAAAGAGCUGCACAAAAGCUAUGUUCUUUUCUCUAAAAGCUGAGUUUUUUUCUUCUAAGCUGCGCUUUUUGUUUAUGAAGAUGCAUUUUUUAAAUCAAAGCUUAGCUAAAGCUGUGUCUUUUGACUAGGUAAAAGAUUGCCUCUUAGAAAAGCUGCGUCUUUUUCAUAUUAGCUGCGUCUUUUCCAAAAUUAAAAUUGGGUUAGUAUUUCUUUAAAAGACUAAGCUUUUCAAACAAAAGACUAAGCUUUUGGAGAAAAACAAAGGUUUAUAUUGUGAAAUUCAUUUUUUUAUUAUUUAUUUAUAACACAUUAUUCUGUAGUUUCAGUAAAUAAGCAUUUUAUUAUUGAUCAAUAUACCUUCAAACUAAAAUAAAAUAAAAUAAUGAAAUAAAAAGAAAGAUUAUUUUAAAAAUCAAAAAUAUAUUAUAUUUUUUUAUUUAAAUCAAAAGAACACAUUUUACUUAUAGGCAAUAAUCAAUUGCAUGUAAUAACAACAUUUAUAGAAUUAUUAUUCCUUAAAUUUCUUGUAAUGCCACUACCAAAUUCUUUGUCAUUUCCUUUCCAAUUUUACAACAUGCAUGAUAAGCCUGAUCUUAUCUGAUUGUAACAAGGACCAAUUAAAUCUCAGCAUUUAGGGAGCCAAUUUCAAAUCAAAGCUACUGGUAGCCAUUUUGUUGGGAUUUCAUUAAAAGAAUUUUGAUGAUGUUUUAAUUAAUAAAUGGAUUUACACCAAUUAAAACAAAUUGAUAUUAAAGGGAUUAGUGAAAUAAAAUAAUGAUCAUUAGAUCAGAUAAAUAUGAACUAUGAUUAGAAACAUGACAUACCACUAUUGGAUGAUUUGUGAUAAACUGACAUGUGAAAGCACUCAGGUCAUGGUAUGUAUUCUUUAUUUCAGUUGUUAAUUUCACUGUUAUGACACUUGACUACAUGUGGGACUUUUAUUUGUCAACAUUCAAUCUAGUGCACAUAUUUUAAUAAAUAACAAUGCUGUUGUAGAUAGUAGCCGGAUGUAGGAUUAUUGGUCCCAGAUAGUAGAUUUACGUAGUUUUAAAACUCUAUGAAGAUGCACUUGUUUUCAUCCUUAUAUAUAUGUUAAUAUCAUAUUAACAUAUUAAGCUGAAAUUGCCAUGUUUCCAUACAUAUGCACACUAGCACCUUUAAUGCUAUACAAAUGAUUACAGUGUUGGUUUUUGGAGGGGUCAUAAAACUGCCAUCUGCCACAUGGCUUACCAGUUAUUGGAAACUGGCCAAAUUGGGUCAAUCAAUUUAAGUUAAGUACUAAUAAAGUCAUUACAUAUUUAAAAUAUGAUACCCUGUUUUAUUCCAAAGCUGUCAGGAAUCUCUAGAUUUGACAAAAAUAUAACUAAAGAUCCUUGAGACUGUCAUUUUCCAAUUUGUAGCUUUAACAGUUUCAUGAUUUUCUAUCAAUUAUUUUUGCCACUGAGUAAAAGGUUAUUUUAUUAUUGCUAAAUUUGACAAAUAUGUACUUGUUUGUCUGUCUGUAAAUACAUUAUGUCCAGUUACAAGGUGUCAUGUAAAAUUAAAUAUGAAAUAAUAACAAUAUAUGUAACACAAACUCAUGUUUAGGAAAUUUAAAUAAAGCAAAAUGUCUAUGUAUUUAUUCAAAUGCGUUCUAUUUUUGAUGGUUCAAUAUAUUUAUAUAACGCGGUUUAAACACACUUGGUGCAUUUUUUUUUUGUUUAAUUUCAUUUAAAGCUUAUAUUUUUGAUAAACAAUGCACUUUAGAUACACUCAAGUGUGUAUUUAGUGCGUUUUUUUGUAAAAUCUUUUCUUCACCUGUGGUAUUUUUUUAUGAAAAUAGGAGCUACGUUUUUUUUUUAAAAAGCUGCGCUAAAUUAGCUAAGCUAUUUGAAAAGCUUCAUCAUAAAGCUAAGCUUUUGGGCCAACACCGCCAUAAAGCUGCGCUUUUCAUAAUUAGCUAAGCUAUUUUGAAGAAAAAACAAAGUCCCAUCCAAAAGCUAAGCUUUUGGGCCAAUUCUGCCAUAAAGCUGCGCUUUUCAUAAUUAGCUAAGCUAUUUUAGAAAAAGCUAAGCUUUUGGGCCAAUACCGCCAUAGAGCUGCGCUUUUCAUAAUUAGCUAAGCUAUUUUAGAAAAAGCUAAGCUUUUGGGCCAAUACCGCCAUAAAGCUGCGCUUUUCGUAAUUAGCUAAGCUAUUUUAGAAAAAGCUAAGCUUUUGGGCCAAUACCGCCAUAAAGCUGCGCUUUUCAUAAUUAGCUAAGCUAUUUUAGAAAAAGCUAAGCUUUUGGGCCAAUACCGCCAAAAAGCUGCGCUUUUCAUAAUUAGCUAAGCUAUUUUAGAAAAAGCUAAGCUUUUGGGCCAAUACCGCCAUAAAGCUGCGCUUUUCAUAAUUAGCUAAGCUAUUUUAGAAAAAGCUAAGCUUUUGGGCCAGUACCGCCAAAAAGCUGAGCUUUUCAUAAAAUAGCUUAGCUAUUUAAGAAAAAGCGCAGCUCCAUCAAAAAGCUUAGCUUUUGGGCCAAUACCGCCAUAAAGCUGCGCUUUUCAUAAAAAUAGCUUAGCUAUUUUGCCCAAUAUCACCAAGAGCUGAGCUUUUUUAAAAAAUUAGCUAAGCUAUUUUGGCAAAAAAGCAUAGCUUUAGCGCAGCAGCUGUGUUGUUUUUUUCCCAAAAAGCUGCGUUUUUUAUAAAAAAAAGCUGCGCUUUUUCGGGCCAAUACCGCUAAGCUUUUAGCUAUGCUUUUAGCUAUGUUUUUAGCUGUGCUUUUAGCUCAGCUUUUAGCUUAGCUUUAGCGAACCUUUUUUGGCACGGGAUGCACCCCACUAAAUUUAAUCCAUCUGCAAUUAUUGAAUUACUCAUUUGCAUUGUUUUCAUGUGGAGUAAUGUUAACUGAAUGAUGCUUAAAGGCGCACAAUAUAGGCUGAUGCAAAAAUAUAUAUUUUUUUAACUUUUAAUUUAUUAUCAUGUUUAACUCGUUGGACUUGAAUGAUCAUAACAAAAAAGUGUAGGAUUUUGGUUCAAGUAGAAGAAACAUAUGACAUAUUUUGGCGCUUUUUAACUGGGAAAUUUGUGGCAACGUAGCUAUUGAUAAAACAAAGCAACAUUUAUAAAGGCUUAUAUUGUUUUUAAAGUGACACUCUUAUUCAAAAUCAAUACAUACACCUGUUUAAUAAACAUAAAUUUUGAGUGAUCAACCUUUAACUUCUUACAAAAUAAUGCAUUUAUGGAAAAUAAUAACUGAUAACAAGAUUGUAACGGUUUAUUAAAUAGGUGAAAGCGCAAAAAUAUUAAAUGAUUGGUGAAUGCUUAAAGAUUUACUGUGAUUUACUAUCGUCUUAUAAGGUAGAACUAUCGUGCAAAUUUCUUUAAAUUUAAACUCAUUAUCCUUCAUAAAAACCAUUGUUUUCGAAAUAUUUUCAUCCUUUUUGGUAUAUUAAAACAAUUGUAUCAAUUGUGGUUAAUCUUAUUUGGGAGUAAGAGUGUAUCUUUAACUGUACACAAAUCAUGUGUUUUUUGUUUUGAUCAUGAAAGUUAAAUGAGUGAAACAUAAUAAUGCAUUCAAUAAAAAAAGAGUUUUUGCAUCAACUUAUAUUCCCCCUUUAUUUUAAUAUAUGUAAUAGUUACGGUAGAUGACAUGAAGUAACAUUUUAAUGGUUAAGAAUGGGUGGAGUGAGUGUUACUUGAUUUUCAUCCCCCUCCGGGAGACCGGGGGAUGGGUCGAAAUUCCGGGUGAUUUUUUCUCCCUCCGGGGGAUAUGGCAUGUAUGGCUACUUCAGGUGGUCUAACUGUCUUAGAAUACAACCUUAUUGGAUGAAACAGUGUUGACGCAAAAUCUGACUCGGGGAGUGUGUAUUUGAUGAGUGGCAGUUGGCGGACUUUUACACACUCGUGAAAGUUGAAAUUCUUAAUGAUUAAGCCUAGUACUUAAUGAUUGCCUAUCUGCAUGAUUGGCUGAAAAUGUAGGUUGUAUUCUAACUACAAGUACACAACUCCUAUGGAUUGCUUCCAUGUGAGGAUCAUAAUUAAUGUUAACCAAGAGCUGCUUGAUGUGAUAAUUACAUGUAUUUAGUGGUUGACAUUUAUGUUUAGUGAAAUUCCUAAGCCAUUACUAUGGCUUUAUAUGUACAUAAUUUGCAAGUCUUUCAAACUGUUAAUGUUCUUUCUCAUCAAUAUGAGAUAUUUGUGAGAUAUUUGUGAGAUAUUUGUGAGAUAUUUGUGAGAUAUUUGUGAGAUAUUUGUGAGAUAUUUGUGAUCUAUAUUGUAUGAUUUCAUUAUAUAUUGCCUUUCUUUGAGCCCAUGUUUUGUAUACUGUAUAACAUUAAAAAUGAUUGAAGUAAAUAUUACUUUAAACAGCUUUUAUUUUAUUGUUGGAUUAGUUGAUAUAAUUAUGUUCAUGUACUAUUUGUGUUCGCUUGAUUGCGACAACAGCUAUAAACUAGUACAAAUGAG